UAAGUGGGUUUUUUCCAGUUUCCUACCAUAUUCCAAAGACGUGUAUGGGGUCAGGUUGAUUGGUUGUUCUAGCAUGCCUGUGAGUGUGAACUGUUUUUUCCCCUCUGUGUUAGUCCUGUGACAGACUGACAACUUGUCCAGGUUGUAUCUCUCACUGGGAUAGGGGUUAAUCAAGGGUUAAUCUUAAAUUUAAAAUGACUGAAAACACAUAUUCUGAAACACUUUCUGCCCUUUUCACAGGGAAACCGUCUUCAGCCACCCUGGGAGUCUUUAUCCUGCACCUCACUCCCCACCGUCUCAUCAAUAAUCACUGAAAGCAGAAGUAGAACCAGCUCGGCUGGAAGCUCUAUGAGCAAAAACCGAAGACAAAGACCAGUUUCUGAGGGCAGUGGUCGUCUGUCCUGGCUGGACCUCCCCAAGCAGGAUGAAACCAGCGGAACACAGACUCCUCCUCUAAUUCAUGUUAGAGAGGAAAAAGAGGAGGACACAGUCCAGGAAAAAACGCCAGAUGAGAUGGAGAGCCUCUACAACCAUCUGAAAGCAGCCAGCGUCAAUCCAACUGGACAGACAUUUCAGAGGGACUUCAGGGCCUCAUUUAUCCGGCGAUGUAAGAAUGAAAAAGUCAACGAAAAGGUUCACCUGGUCCGGAUACUCAAAAGCACAUUAAAGGCUAAAGAGUCCGAGCUGCUGGCUUUGGAGAAGAUCCUGAAUGAACCAAAUGUCACAGCGCUCAUGUACAGGGAGUGGAGACUCUCCAACACCAUCCUGCUGCAAGAUAUCCUUCAGCACAACCAGGAAGCGGAGGGUGCCACAAGCCCAGACGGGAUAGCGUCUGAGAUUUUAGAGCUGCCCAACACUGCUGUACAGUAACGUUAUGAAGUCUGAAAGACACUGAAAGACAAAAAUGCCUAAACCCCACCAUCAUCCUGUGAUGAGAGGAAGUUGGUUCCUACUCUGGAUUGAAUAACAAUGCUACAAGUUUACUCGAGGUUAACUUUUAAAUGCUUUUCACCUCACUUCUUUUCAUGCAGCAGAUUGGAAUGUUUGUAGGUCUUUAAAGCUUAGGAAACACUGUUUUUAAUUUCAAGCCAAAACUUUAAUUUGUAUUUGAUUAAUGUUUUUUUUUUUUGACGAUUUGCUUUAUUUUUGUGGAUGUAUUUUUUUAAUAUAUAAUUUCUGUUUAUUUUAUUUAAAAAGAGAUGACUUCCACCAAGUAGCUUGUGUGACUUUUUUCAGUUUGUUUCUUUAGCAGGAAUACUCCAAAGGAAAUGAUGGAUCUGCAUGAUGGUUUUAUGUGAAGUGGGGAUCAUUCCAGCUUAGAAGUGACUAAAGUGUUGGAUUCAGCAACUUUUGGAAGGAUUCUUUGAAAUUGGAAAAAAAUUGACAUGUUGAGUCACAGCUUCACAAAUACUUCCAUCCAUCCAUCUUCUUCUGCUUUAUCCGGGGCCGGUUCGCGGGGGCAGCAGCCUAAGCAGAGAAGCCCAGACCUCCCUCUCCCUAGCCACCUCCU